AUAAAUACGUUCGGUCUACUUUUCUCUAUGUCUAUGAUUAGAUUAAACGCGGAAAAAUGCUGUUUUGAUUAGACAACAAGUGUCGUGUAAACUUGAUAUGAAACAUUUCUGCAAACAUAUGACUCAAAAUACACAAUUUUGAGAUUGGUGAUGGUCGUUAUCUGUUAAAUGUAUACUAUCGUAUAGUGCAAAUAAGACUCUCCUUGUGCAUUAUUUGCACACAGUCCUCCUUCGACAGCUGAACUGGCAAUAACCUAUCUGCCACGUCAAACGGAUUUAUUUUCAUCAUUAUGGCAGCUCAAGUGUAUGAAUUCAACGUUGAGAUGACAUGCGAAGGGUGUUCCACAGCUGUGGAGAAGGUGCUCAAGAAAAAAAUAGGUAUCGAUGAUAUUAAAAUAGAUUUAUCAGGAAACAAAGUUUUUGUCACCACUGAACUCAGCUCAGAUGAAAUUUUGGAAGCAAUUAAAAAAACUGGGAAAAAGUGUCAAUUUUUAGGGACACAAAAUUGAGUUUAUAUGAUAUGAUUAUACCAGAUGCUGCUAAUAUCUACUGUCAUAUAUAUAUAUAUAUAUA